GUUUUCGUUGAAACGGUUGGGCUUGUUUUAACUGUCUAACACCUUCGAUCGAGGCGCCACAAUUCAUCUGCAUCACGUUGAUCCAUUGUGAGAAAUGAGUAGGGUCCCAAAAGUUUUCGGGAAGACCUAUGCAACUCCACGAAGACCAUUCGAAAAGGAACGCUUAGACCAGGAGCUUAAACUUGUCGGUGAAUAUGGGUUGCGCAAUAAACGGGAAGUGUGGCGAGUAAAGUUUGUUUUGGCAAAAAUACGCAAGUCAGCUCGUGAAUUGCUUACCCUGGAUGAGAAAGACCCUCGCAGGCUCUUCGGAGGGUCCGCACUGCUUAGACGUUUAGUUCGAGUUGGUGUCUUACCUGAAGAUAGGAUGAAGUUGGAUUUCGUACUCGGUUUAAAGAUAGAGGAUUUUUUGGAACGAAGACUACAAACUCAAGUUUUCAAAUUAGGCCUGGCAAGAAGCAUCCAUCAUGCACGUGUUCUGAUUCGACAGAGACAUAUAAGGGUUCGAAAACAAAUGGUCAAUUGUCCUGGAUUUAUGGUUCGCCUGGAUUCUGGAAAGCACAUUGAUUACAGCCCUAAUUCUCCUUAUGGUUGUGGUCGACCUGGUCGUGUCAAAAGGAAAAAGGAACGCAAAGCUCAAGGUGGUGAUGCAGAAAACGGUAGCGAUGAGGAAUGAUUGACGUUGGUUGAAUAAAUAUUUAAGAGGAGUAUGUGCUUUUAUUGAGUAUCUAUUAAUCUUUGUAUAUGUGCAAAUGACGUAGAUAAAUGAGUUUCUUAGGGUCUUUUUCGUCCUAUUUGCUUGACAUUCAUUUCGUUGUAAGCUAAGUAAUCCAAUGUGUGCCUGCUACUGUGUAUAUACGUCUCAACCAGACUUAAAAGCAAUAAAUUCGAUCCAACAA